AUGACGGCCAUCCCCGACCUAGCAACGACAGGAGCCAAUGCAGUUAACGGUACCGCAUUCAUCGAAGUCGAUCUCAAAUGGAUAAUGGUAGUUUCUGUGGUUCUAAGCUUCAUUGGAAAUUGCAUCAACAUCGCUGUCAUCCCCCAACUCCAUGAGAUCUCGGCAUCGAGCAGAGUUCUCUUUCUCAGUAGGUCCGCCUUUGAGUUGGUGGUCGCCAUUCUCUACACACCGAGCAUCCACCCGGCCUUCGUCGGACAAUGGGUCUACAGCGAUUGGUCGUGUAAGCUGGUCGGAUUUCUUUUAGUUUACUCGUUCGGUAUGAUCGAAGUCUUCGUUGUUUUGAUAACGGCAGACCGAUUUUUCAUCAUCUAUAAGCCACUUUCAUACCCACUGCGGGCAACGCAGUCACUGACAGUCAUAACCGUCGCAGGGGCUUAG